UCCCCAUAGAAAAAUUUCCACAUCUGGUCCACAGGACGACCUUGCCCUAUGCUGUGGCGGGUAGCGAGCUGAAUAUUAUCCGAAUUGGCUGAGAAAGAAAACACACACACACACACACACUGAUGGGAGAUCUGUACGCCUUGGAUUUUGAUGGCGUUCUCUGUGACAGCUGCGGAGAGAGCUCUCUUUCUGCUAUUAAGGCUGCGAAAGUGAGAUGGCCGAGUCUAUUCGACGGAGUGAAUCCAGCUUUGGAGGAUUGGAUUGUUGAUCAGAUGCACAUAGUUCGCCCUGUAGUAGAAACUGGAUAUGAAAAUUUAUUACUUGUGAGGUUGCUAUUGGAGACGAGAAUCCCUUCUAUUCGGAAAUCUUCGGUGGCAGAGGGACUCACGAUUGAGGAAAUUUUGGAGAACUGGUAUAAAAUAAAACCAGUAAUCAUGGAAGAGUGGGGUGAGAACAGAGAUGCUCUAAUAGAACUUUUUGGAAAGAUCAGGGAUGAAUGGAUGGACAAUGACUUGGCAACUUGGAUUGGUGCGAAUAAGUUUUAUCCCGGUGUUCCUGAUGCCCUGAAAUUUGCAAGCUCAAAGGUCUGUAUCGUGACAACAAAACAGAGCCGCUUUGCAGAUGCAUUAUUACGAGAACUUGCAGGAGUCAUUAUUCCACCUGAAAAAAUCUAUGGUCUGGGAACUGGUCCAAAAGUGAAAGUGCUGAAGCAGCUUCAGGACAUGCCAGAACACCAGGGUCUUACUCUACACUUUGUCGAAGACCGACUUGCAACCCUAAAGAACGUUAUAAAAGAGCCAGAAUUGGACAAAUGGAACUUGUAUCUUGGAGAUUGGGGUUACAACACUCAGAAAGAGAGAGAUGAGGCUGCGAGCAUUCCCAGAAUUCACAUUCUUCAGCUUUCCGACUUCAGCAAGAAGCUAAAAUGAUCACCUUCUUCACUGUACUGUUGACAUUCCCAGGCCUCGUUUUCUUUCUUCAAUUAUUGCAUUGUGCCUCGUCAUUCAUUGAAUGCGUAUUUAUCGCUAAUUUGUUGCUCGAACAUUUUAAAUGAAGAGAUUAAGUGACAUCCUAAUAUUUUGUAGUUCCCAACAAAUAAACUAUGUAAAGAAGCAAGAACUAUCCGUUGAUCCAUAGCAAUAACACUAAGCACAUAAUAUAACAUCUCUUUAA